AGCUCAUCUUCCCAACCAACACCUUCGCAACACUGCUAUCUGCCUUCCUCGUACCGCCUCUUCUCCCCCAUCCUCACAGGCGCGGAGACGUAGAAGACGGCGAGACUCUCACAAGGCCAACCCACGCCCACCGAGCAGCUCUACAUCAUCACCCGCCCUCACCUUUCCUGGCGAGCGAGAGAAGCCCCCUUCUUACUGCCCCAUUCCCCUUGCUGCCAUGCUUCUUGACAUCAAUCGCAAGCUCUUUGCUCGCUCCGAGCGAGUCAAGGCGGUAGACUUCCACCCUACCGAGCCAUGGCUCUUGGCUGGUCUGUACUCUGGAUCCGUGAACAUCUGGAACUAUGAGACCGGUCAGUUGGUCAAGACCUUCGAGGUAGCCGAGGUGCCCGUCCGCUGCGUAAAGUUCAUUGCGAGGAACAAUUGGUUCGUCGCAGGAUCAGACGACUUCCACGUCAGAUGCUUCAACUACAAUACACAUGACAAGGUCGCAAGCUUCGAGGCUCACCCCGACUACAUCAGGUGUAUGGCCGUGCAUCCCACCGCACCCUACGUUCUCACCGGAAGCGACGACAUGACCAUUCGGCUUUGGGACUUUGACCGCGAGUGGAAGCACGUUCAGACCUUCGUUGGCCACACUCACUUCAUCAUGAACCUCGCCUUCAACCCAAAAGACUCGAACACCUUUGCCUCGUCGUGUCUCGACCGUACUGUCAAGAUCUGGACUCUGGGAUCGAAUCAGGCCAACUUCACCCUAGACGCUCACGACAAGGGAGUCAACUACGUAGAGUACUACCAUGGAGGAGAGAAGCCGUAUCUCCUGACCUGCGGUGAUGAUAGGACGAUCAAAAUUUGGGACUAUAUCUCCAAGAGCUGCGUACAGACCCUGACAGGACACGUGUCCAACGUGUCCUAUGCUAUCUUCCACCCUACCCUACCCCUCAUCGUGAGCGGUUCGGAAGACGGGACAGUGAAGAUCUGGCAUUCGAAUACCUAUAGGCUGGAGAGUACGCUGGAUUAUGGCCUUGAGAGGGCAUGGUGUGUCGCCUACAGAAAGAAGGGCAACGAUGUAGGAUUCGGUUUCGAUCACGGAGCAGUGGUGGUGAAAUUGGGCAAAGAGGAGCCAAGCGUCUCGAUGGAUGUCAGCGGAAAGGUGGUCUGGACCAAGGGUACCGAGGUAUCCACUGCCAAUCUCGGAGCCAUUGAAGCUUCUUCCCUCACCGACGGUCAGCGUGUAGCUACCUCUUCACGUGAGAUGGGCAACACCGAGGUCUUUGCCCAAUCUCUUCAGCAUUCGCCCAACGGCCGCUUCGUCACAGUCUGUGGAGACGGAGAAUUUAUCAUCUACACAGCUCUGGCGUGGAGAAACAAGGCCUUCGGCCCGGGACUCAGUUUUGCUUGGGCCAAUGACAGCAACACCUACGCUGUGCGCGAGGCUGCAGGGAACAUCAAGGUGUUCCGAAACUUCAAAGAGAGGCCGGGGCUGAUUACAACCGGCUUCAAGGCUGAGGACGUCAAGGGCGGUACAUUGCUCGGUGUGGUAGGACCAGGCUUUGUGUCUUUCUACGACUGGGAAACGGGUGCUUUGAUCAGGAGGAUCGAUGUGGAAGCCAAGGACAUUUACUGGUCUGGUACAAAUGAGCUUGUGGCCAUCACGAGCGACGACUCCUUCUACGUCCUGCGCUUCGACCGAGCCGCCUAUGAUGCUCACCUCGAAUCAGGCGAGCCCUUUGAUGACGAGGGAGUGGAGUCUUCUUUCGACGUCGUGGUUGAGAUCUCGGAGUCCGUGCGUACGGCCAAGUGGACUGGAGAGUGCUUCCUCUACACCAACUCCAACAACAGGGUGCAAUACCUCGUUGGAGAAUCUACACAUACCAUCAACCACACCGACAGUGAACUCUACCUCCUUGGCUACCUGCCAAGCCAUGGAAGAGUGUAUCUGGUGGACAAGGACGUCACAGUGUACUCGUAUGCGCUGAGCUUGGCCGUCGUCGAGUACCAGACAGCUGUGUUGAGGGGAGACUUCGAUGAGGCCGCGGAGAUCCUGGGGAGGGUGCCGGCAGAGCAGAGGAACAAGAUUGCGAGGUUCUUGGAGACACAAGAUCAAUCCCGUCUGGCUUUGGAAGUGUCCACAGAUCCCGAUCACCAGUUCGACCUGGCCGUCUCCCUCGACGACUUCGACACUGCUCUUUCUCUCGUGCGCUCGGGACCCAAGGUCGGUUCAGAGCCCCGCUGGCGCACCUUGGGAGACAAGGCUUUGGCCCGUUGGAACAUCUCUCUGGCCGAGGAGUGCUUUGAGAAGGCAGGAGAUCUGUCUGCUCUUCUGCUUCUGGCUACCAGCAAAGGAGACCGUGACCUGCUGGCUCGCCUAGCUUCGCAAGCGUCUGAAAAGGGCCUGACUAACAUUGCCUUUGCUGCCUACCUUCAGCUGGGUAACACAAGUGGAUGUAUCUCCCUCUUACUUUCUGCUGAGCGCUACUCGGAAGCAGCUCUGUUUGCACGGACGUACGCUCCCUCACAAGCUGGAGGCAUCGUGAAGCAGUGGAAAACGUCAUUGGCGGCCAACAAGAGGGCAAAGCAGCGAGCAAUUGCAAAGAGUCUGGCCGAUCCGAUCACUGAUCCGGACAUGUUCGAAGAGGGAUGGGGAGAGGCUCUGAGUCUUGAGCGGGAGGUAAGCGUAGCAGCGGAGGGCGGAUUGAGCAACGGCAAUGGAGACGCAGGGGAUGACAUUGGCAAGAAGGUGGUGCCAGAUGAGGCAGUCAAGGUGAAUGGCGCCGCAGCGGAAGCAUGAUGGG